CUGUAUUGAAUCUAUUGAUUAUCGAAGGCUGGAAAAAGUUGUCAUUUUGGCCGUUAGCUGUAAAUCUAACUCUUCUUCAAACCCUUUCUUUAUAUACACCAUCUUGUAUUUUUCAACAAAAAAUACUUCAUCUUUCGGUUCCUCUGUUAAAUGGGUGCUUGUUAUUCAACAACAGCCCACUCCCGGACAGAUAAACAACAUCAAGAUCGUCGAUGGCGGACCUCCAACCGCCCUACUAAGCUUAAUCGUACGCCCAUCGAUUUUAACUUCACCUUUGCCACCAGGGCCGACGACAAUCUGCUCCACCAGAUUCCUGGUAGGCUUGUCGCUAAUGCCUCCUCCACCAUCGCCACUUUACAUACACAGCAGGGCAAGAAAGGAAUCAAUCAAGACGCCAUGAUCGUUUGGGAGAAAUUUAGCUCAAACAGUGAUGCAGUCUUCUGUGGAGUAUUCGACGGCCAUGGUCCUUACGGUCAUAUGGUAGCUAGGAGAGUUCGGGAUUCGCUUCCUGUUCUCUUAUCUACUCAAUGGAUGAAUAGCACGAACAGCGAUCAGAGUUGUGAUAAUGAGAACAUGAAUGCCGAUGGAAGCAUACCGGAAGAGGAGCUGUUAGAAGAGUAUUGGUGUGAACAAUCGGAUAAUGAGGAGAAAGAGACAAUCCCGGAGAAGUAUUUACCACUUAAAAAGUCUUUACUGAAAUCUUUCAAGUUAAUUGACAAGGAACUGAAGAACCAUCCGUCCAUCGACUGUUUCUGCAGCGGAACAACUGCUGUUGGUUUGAUCAAGCAGGAUCAGGAUCUUAUAAUUGGGAACGUUGGUGAUUCAAGAGCGGUGAUGGCAACCAGAGAUGAAGACAAUUCAUUAGUUGCUGUCCAGUUGACUGUCGACUUGAAACCUAAUCUCCCAAGAGAAGCCGCUAGGAUUCAGCAAUUUAAAGGAAGGGUGUUUGCAUUGCAAGACGAGCCAGAGGUUUCACGCGUAUGGUUGCCCAACAGUGAUUCUCCUGGUUUGGCAAUGGCUAGAGCCUUUGGGGAUUUCUGUCUAAAGGACUUUGGUUUAAUUUCGGUCCCAGAUGUUUUUUACCACCGUGUUACUGAUAGAGACGAGUUUGUGAUUCUUGCUACUGAUGGGGUAUGGGAUGUCCUCUCAAAUAAGGAAGCUGUGGACAUCGUGGCUACAGCCCCUGGCCGAUCGACAGCAGCCAGAGCGCUCGUUGACUGUGCUACGAGAGCCUGGAAGCUCAAAUACCCAACUUCUAAAACCGACGAUUGUGCUGCUGUCUGCCUAUUUCUUGACCAAAAGCCCAAGGGUGUCGAGAAGGAAGCGAAGAAACAAGAUAUUGAUGUUGUAAAUGAGGAGGUGAAGGUGAUGAAUACGAGGAAGGAAGAAGAUAAUAUCGAUGAGAUUGAAAAGCAUUCGGACAGUAGUGGAGAUUGUAAUGAGAUUGAAUUGGCGAAAGAGAAGGUAGCAGAAAAGAGGGUUGGAGGGUCUAAAAGGAGCCUAGCGGAAUGCAUAUCAACCUCGGAGGAUGAAGAAUGGUCGGCUCUUGAAGGCGUGGCUCGUGUCAAUAGUUUACUAAGCAUUCCGAGGUUGUUGUCGAUGGACAGCAGUUGGAGAAAAUCGAAUUCAAAGAUUUGAAAUAUGUAAAAUUUUUGAAGAAUGGUGUGGAUGGGAUGUAUAUAUGGCGUUGGAAUUGGGGUUAUUUUUGUAUCUGUUGCAGAAAAGAGAAGUCUUGAAUAUUUUUGUUGGUGUUGUUUGUAGAACAGGAAUCGGAUAUAAUAUUAAGUCCUUUUUCAUCA